AUGGCAAGGUCGUAUACACCCGACGAGCUGGCAGCCGCCGAAGGCUUGCUUCUUCUGUGGGCGAGCCGAAGCGCCACAGCCACCCCACGCGACGUCCAGGGAGCUGUGAGCAAUAGUCACGAGAUAAAUAGCCAUGAGGAUACCGAGCACAGUCAGCAGCAUGACGAUAUGCAGACUUCCCGCGGCCACGAUGUGGAUAUGCUGCCACCCUCUCCUCCCCAGAUUCGGCCUCAUCCUCAUUUGAGCGCUGCUCAUAGACAUGAGCCAGGCAGUAUCUCUCAUAGUCGAGUGAUCCAGCCUCCUAUCGCUGUGGGCCUCUUUCCGCAACACCCUCAUCUCAUCACAGCUCGUACUGCCUCACAGAACAGCUUCCCUGGGUUGCGAGCAAACAUCCCCCCGUUCCAUGAAGAGGGCUCUCCGCAGUAUGCUCAAGACCAGGAGCAGCGUCAGAUCACACGCUUGAUGAUUCUGCGCCAUGUGAUGAACAACAGACCACCCGGAAGAGCCGAAGCUGCGCGGCAGAACAUCAUGCAGCGCUUCCCACCGCGUGGCGGCCGCCUGUAUCGCGAGCAGACAUCUCGGCUCGGUCGAAUCCCAGGUGCUGCACAAGGCCACACGAAUCGAUUGCCUCCACGCUUCUUGCCUGCGAGAAACUCCCGACCCGCUGGUCCGCGCCAUGUAUCGUCGGGCAACCAGAAUCCGGGACACACUGGAUCAACUCAGCACAACCCACAGACCAACACCGCCGCUUACGAUGCCUCGGGUAGAACCGCCAAUUCAACCACCGGUGUCAACGGCUCAGCUGCAUCCUCUUCUCAUCGGGAGCAAAGCACCGCAGACUCCCAUCCUGGUAUGUCGCUGCAGAAGUAUCUAAUCCGGCAGCAGAUGAUCGCGGGCGUACAGCCAGAGGAGAUCGCACCCAUCCGUCCUCAGGGGAUGGUGAACAGGCCUUCGGCUCCGGUUGUAUUGCAGAUCAGAACCGACGCUGUUGCCGUGCCUAGAAUCCCACCUGCGCAGUUCAGCGGACCACUUCGGCCUCUUCGGAUCGUGCCAUGCGGAGCUCCUGGGUUCAUCAACGGGCCAGUCACCAGGGACACUGCACUACACAGCCAUCCUGUGAAUCAGGACCCCGAACCUAAGUCUGAAGACGACAAGCCAGCGGCUACCGACAACAAACCUCAACCUCAGACCCCGCAGCGUCCAGCAAGUUCUCGCUAUCUCACACGCUCUGUCACACGGCGCACCCGGGACCAGAACAGCCUGCACACCUCUACGCCUGACUCCCAAGCACCAGCAUCAGCGGUGGUCAAAUCCGAACCCGACACCGACCCAGCCGCUCAUCCACCCCGUCUCCUGCCCAACACACCAGCCCCAGACAACAACAACAAUAACAUCAACAUACUCUGGGCCCAAGAAGAGAUCCCAGAGGAAGAACCCCGUCAACCUUCCACCAUUACCAUCACAAUCCCGCACAACAAUUUCGACCUCCUCUCCGCCCUCUCCGCCCACCCCGAACUCACCGUGAUGGUCACCGACCUCCUCCACCCCGAGGACAUCCUAACCCUACUCUCCCUCUCGCGCCCCCUCCACCAAUCCCUCCACCACAACCUCCCCACAAUCAUAACCCACCACCUCCAACACCUCAACACCAACCACCCCACCAACAUAUCCGACACCUUCCCCCUGAUCUGCUACCCAAGCCUCUACACCACUAACCCCUCAAACCCCCACCCCCAGCCACGCGCUAAACUAGGCUACCUCCUAAUGCUCACCACUCGCACCACCACCAUCAACCGCAUCCUCACCACCUUGCUCGCAGCCAACAUCUUCCUCCCCGCAGGCACGGCCCUCAUCCUCCGUAAGCUCUGGUUCCUGAUGGACGUCCCCGACAACCACCGCCGCGAGUGGACAGUCCGCAACCGCAAUCUGUGGUCGGAUCUGGAUCUGUUUCUGGGUGUGUUUUUCCUGGUCCAGGUCGAUGCGUUUCUGGAGGAGGUGAAGGGCGUGACGAGGUUUACGGUUAUGCGGCAGUUGUGUCUUGCGCAGCCGUCGUUGGUUGUUUUGGCGGAUUAUCUGGAAGUGGGGAGGUGGAAGAGGGGGGGGACCUUUGGACCUGGUGGUGCUGCUACUGGUCAAGAAGAGGAAGAUAGUGAGGUGAAGGGGACGGAUGGGGGUGCGGGUAAGGAUGGUGAUAUGCUCGAGGUGAAGGACGGAAACGAAGGGCGUGCUGGACCUGCAGUCCCUGGAGAUCCUGAACCCACUGAACCCACCAACCCAGUACCCAUUACAACCACCCCAUCCUCAUCCACACCCAGCACCACACCCACCGAAGAAGACCUCGAACCCCUGCAAUACGAAUACUACGGAAGGAAGAACACCCCCACAAAAAUCAAACUGCUGCGCCCCGACCAGUGGAUCAUGCGCGAGCUCCUGCACCGCGGGCUGGAUCUGCAGAAAAUGUACAAGCUGGUGUUUGGGGAUGGCGGACGCGAACAGUUCGAGACCCCCGGCAUCGCGGGGCAGAGGGUCACCUGGGAUGAGCAGAUGCGGAUGGCGACGCUGAGGAGCCAGGUGGAUUGGAUGGAGGUUGUGAGGUUGGAUCGGUGAAAGCCUGG